AUGCAUGUGUUCUCGCGCCUCCUGCCCUCCCUCGCAAGCGCAUACGCUCUCCAAGCUGCGUUUGCGCUUUACUGUGUACCGACGCAGAACGACAUCUUCUACGACCUUGCGGGCUCGCUGGGAUUCCUGUCGACGACCUUUGUCUCACUGUACUACCCCCACCUGAAGGCCAAAAUCAAUGGACAACCCGGAUCCCUUCCAAGUCUUCUAUCUUUCGCGCCUCGUCAGCUUCUUCUCACCGGCGCUCUGAGCAUUUGGACCGUUCGCCUCGGUCUUUUCUUUCUGUUUCCUCGCGCUCUCAAGAACGGAGGCGACAGCCGCUUCGACGAAAUAAAGAAAGAGCCCCUCAAAUUCACUCUCUUCUGGCUCGGCCAGGCCACCUGGGUCUUCCUUGUCGGUCUACCGGUUUACAUGGCUAACACCCUUCCGGCCUCUCUUCACCCGCCGCUCGGUGCACGCGACUAUCUCUCCUUCAGCCUUUUCGCUGGAUCGCUGAUGUUCGAGAUGAUCGCCGACAAGCAAAAAAGCAAUUGGAGGGCGGCGAAGAACGCGAAACAGCAUGACGAGAAGUUCAUAUCGUCUGGCUUGUGGAGCAUUAGCCGCCACCCUAAUUAUGUCGGCGAGGUUGGCAUUCAGGCUGGUAUAUGGGCUCUCGCGACGGGCACUCUUCAAGCUGGCUACUUCCCUCCUGGAUCAAUCGCGCUGGCAGGAUUGAGCCCCAUCGUCACCUACCUUUUGCUGCGCAAGGUAUCGGGCGUCCCUCCUCUCGAGGAAGCAGGCGACAAGAAGUUCGGCAACGAUCUUGGCUGGGCACAGUACAAGAAGACUGUGCCCAUCUUUUGGCCUGGUGUGUCCCCGAAGUAG